AUGCCUCCUCGUGCAGUAGCCAGUCCCAAGAAGAAAAGGUCCAAGCGCAAAGCUUCUGACGCUUCAAAGGCUAGCUUACCGAAGAAGCCCCGUGCAGCAAACCCCGUCGAAAUUCCUAGCAUGCCGCUUGUAUCUCUUGGUCUAACCAAAGUUGAUGCAGCGGACGCUGCUCCUCGCCUUCUGUUAGAGGCUAAGUCCGGAAUCGGAAACCAAGGGCACCACAUCUCUUGGUACGGUCAAUCCCGUGAACCCUCAGGCUCCAGAACACAUCGUAAAGGCGAAAGAAUCAUCAGAAGGUAUAACACACAGUCUUUGUUGUCGGUGGUGUUGAUUACUUCAGUGCCAGCCCCGGUGCCUCAUUUUUUAUUGCAGCAAAAUGGCGGGAGGUUUGGUUUUGCAGCUUCGACCACCAAUCGUGUUGUCCCUCCUGGCGCAGAGCCCAAUCCUCAAGUCUUGAAUAACCCAUAUCUUGAGCAGCGCAAUCAGAAUACUUUCGCUGAUCACUCCCGCAGUUCACAACCUCAAACAAACUGCUACCUUGAUCCGAUGGAGGACAGCGACUCUAGCGGUAGUGGUACUGACACUGACAUUGACAAAGACGACAACGAAGAGGGUGAGGACGAGGCAAGGGCGAGGACGAGGAUGAGGACGAAGGAGACGAAGGAGGAGAAUAAUGAAUCCCAGUUUGGUUGGGGGGAAGCUCACCAACGGCAGAAGGGACAUCCAGGAUUUUCAGCUGAAGGACUCCCUACUCAGGCUCGAGUUGCUCGCCCUCUGACACCAGACUUCGAAUUUCAAUACUCACGCGAUGAAGAUGAAGACUCUGCCCGGAUGCGUCUCAACAACAGCAACCAGCCUCUGGGCACCUUACCAGGAGUGCAGCAGGAACGAUCGGAUCCUCAGACUAACACCUCAAAGGCCGAGGAUGUAUUGAAGCGCCACCAUAAGAAAAAUGGUCAGCCUCGCCUUCCCGACCCUGAAACGCUCCAGCUGUUGAAUCAAGUGGCGGAGUCUGUCGACCAAUCAAGGAGAUGCCAGGAAACCAUCUCCGAGGUUCUACUUUCAGUUCUGGUCGCAUGGGACAAGAACGGUAGACAGUUUGAAGCUGGGGUCUGGCCAGAGCAGCAAUAUAACAUGACGCGAUUGUUGUAUGACGACCUGUCAACUUGGCGGUCUGAUCUGAAGAAGAUUGCAAUAAGCAUCGCGCCGCUAUCAUACUCGCUUUUGCCUCCGCCUUCGGUUCCUCCUCAACAACGUGCAACUUGGGUCGAAAAUGCUGCUAAAAUUUACUCCAGGGUGGUUUGUAUUUACGGUUUGGAAUAGACGAGAAUGGGCGAACAAGGAACUUCGCUAAUUCUGC